CACGUAGAGCCCAAUAUAGCCAACCUAUGUGGACCAAUCUUUAGUCAUCAGUCAAUCAUCACAUUAUCAUGUUCUGCUGGGGAGACGGUUCGAGUGGACAGUUUGGUCUAAACUUUGAGAAUGUGUCUGUUCCGAUAGCAGGGAAUAUAUUCUCUGAUAAAGUCACAGAAAUUGCUUGUGGGGAGCAACACACUUUAUUUCUCACCGUAGAUGGCAGGAUCCUAUCAUGUGGGCGCAACUCAAAGGGACAACUUGGUAGACAGAAGAAAAGAGAUUCAAAACUACCAGGAGGACAGGUGUUCUCAUGGGGUCUGAACAGCCAUGGACAGUUGGGCCUGGGGAAGGAAGUCCCUCUGCAGCCCAUUCCUGCCCUGGUGCGCCCCCUCACUGGAGUCCCAGUGACCCAGGUAGCAGCCGGAGGAACCCACACUCUGGCCCUCACCCUCCCAGGCCUGGUCUACAGCUGUGGGGCGAACAGGGCUGGGCAGCUGGGACUCAACCGUGUGGAUGAGAAAGGCCGGUUCAACAUCUGUUCUGUGCCUGCUCUCAGAGUCUUGGGGGUUUCCUUCAUCAGCUGUGGAGAGGCACAUUCUGCUGUUCUCACCAAGGUAUCAUACUAUUACUAUGGAGAGGGACACUGCUGUUCUCACCAAGGUAUCAUACUAUUACUGUGGAGAGGGACAUUCUGCUGUUCUCACCAAGGUAUCAUACUAUUACUGUGGAGAGGGACACUGCUGUUCUCACCAAGGUAUCAUACUAUUACUGUGGAGAGGGACACUGCUGUUCUCACCAAGGCUGGACAGGUGUUCACCUUUGGAGAGGGAAGCCGAGGCCAGCUUGGGCACAACGCAUCAGCUAACGAACUCCUACCCAAACUGGUAGAGGGUAUGGAUGGACUGGCCUCACAGAUAGCAUGUGGCAGCCAUCACACCCUGGUGCUGGGGUCCUCAGGUCAACUCUGGGCCUUUGGCAGUGGGGUCAAAGGUCAGCUAGGGACUGGCAUUACGGAGGGCUGCUUGCGACCCACCUCAGUGCUGCUGAAAAGGGCUUCUGGUGGGGCAGCAACAGUCAUACAUAACGACAUGAAGAUAUCAGUGGGAUGGAAUUCAAACUUCAUUUACACCACUGAGAGUUCUGAAAGAGAACAGCCAAUCGGGAGGUUAGAUAAAGCCAAGCUGCAAAAAUGGCUGACGAUGGAGCAAGGAAAUGCAGAGGCGCAAAGAGAAAUAUCCUUGAUGUUCUCAACAAGUUCAAGUCUUGUGGCCAGUUUCACCAAAGCCAGUGAGUCUCCAUCAACUAAAGCUGCAGGAGCUUUGAGAGUGGACCUAGAGGCUGCUAGCCAGGCUUUUGAUCAGCUCUUCAACAUCCCAUGGAUCAGGAAAUCAGCUAAGACUAACUCACUCUUCAAAGACUUAAACAAAUAUCAACAAUCUAUUAAAUAUCAAUCUAUAUUUUGAAUGGAGGAUCAUGAUAGCAUAAUGUAACUCUCUUCAUGUCUAUAUAUAUUCUCCAUAUAGGUAAAUAUAUUGCCACUGGUGGACACUCUUUGCAGUUCAGCAGCUGUCAUCAAGUCACCAGAGAUCAUUAUGCUACUACCCACAAUCCCUCUUCUCCACGAUGACCAGAAUGUCAUGAACAUGGUCAUGGCUUUAGCAAUAGUU